AUGAAUACAGUGGAAGAUCUUGGAAGUUAUAAACUUCAACUUCAACAGGUCGAAGCGGCACUACUCACUGAACCAGAUAAUGCUGAAUUGUUAAAGCUGAAAGUCGAUUUGCAGGAAAUUAUCACUCUUCAAGAAGAACUAAGAUCAUCAACAGCCGAACAACCAAGCAGUACGACCUCUGACGAUGCUAUUAAAAAUACUUGGAAGGUGGGGGACCAAUGCAUGGCGCCAUCCUCAAAUGGACAAAAAUAUUUGGCAGUAAUUGAUGGGUUUACACAAGAUAAUGCCGCUGUUACACUGGUCGGUAAAGGAACAAAGACUAUGGUUAACGUGAGCAAUUUAAGUGCGGUUUCGAAAGAUGAAAGCAAAGUGUAUGUUUGGGAAAAAUCAACCAAAAAUAUACGUCAUCGCAAAAGCGAAUGGCAGAUGGAACGUGAAAGACGACGACUGCGAGCACUAAAAAAAGAACACCGGAAAAAGGAAUUAGAAGAAGCAAAGGAGGAUGAGAAGAGGAAAUGGCUUACUUUUAAUGCAAAAGCAGCAAGUCGAAGCAUGAAAGGAUUUAAACGACCUACAGCAUCUGGAUCAGCUCCAGAUGGACCUGCAUGGGGUAUUACUUCACAGGCGAGGAUAUCAUCACGGCAAGAUCUCGGUGCUUUCAAAUCAACGCAACGUGGAAAUAUGGAUUCAUUGUUUUAA